CUUCCAUCGAAUGAAUCUGAUCCCCCAAAAAUCAAUCGAUCCAUCGAAAUCCCAAUUCCAGUAGCGAGGGAGGAGAUCCAUGGCGAUCGUGUACGCGCUGGUGGCGCGUGGCACCGUGGUUCUGGCCGAGUUCUCCGCUGUCUCCGGCAACGCCGGCGCCGUCGCCCGCCGGAUCCUCGAGAAGCUGCCGCCCGAGGCCGAGUCGCGCCUCUGCUUCGCGCAGGAUCGCUACAUCUUCCAUGUCCUCCGCUCCCCCUCCCCCUCCCCCUUCCUCACCUUCCUCUGCAUGGCCAACGACACCUUCGGAAGACGGAUUCCCUUUCUUUACCUCGAGGACAUCCAAAUGAGGUUCAUCAAGAACUAUGGCAGAAUCGCCCAUUCCGCCCUCGCCUAUGCCAUGAAUGACGAGUUCUCCAGAGUCCUCCAUCAGCAAAUGGAGUUCUUCUCCAGCAACCCCAGCGCCGACACGCUCAACCGCCUCCGUGGGGAAGUCACCGAGAUACACACCGUCAUGGUUGACAACAUCGAGAAGAUUCUUGACAGAGGUGAGCGCAUCUCGCUUCUUGUUGACAAGACCUCCACCAUGCAAGACAGUUCUUUUCAUUUCCGCAAGCAGUCCAGGAGACUCAGGAGAGCUCUUUGGAUGAAGAAUGCCAAGCUUCUAGCUGUGUUGACUGCUGUUAUAGUACUUCUACUUUAUUUGAUCAUCGCUGCUUUCUGCGGAGGCCUUUCCCUUCCAUCGUGUAGAUCAUGAAUCACUCUACGGAUUUUCCUCAAUUGAAGUAUCACACCAUGUAACAACAAUGCAAGCCAUCGAUGCCAUGUUUCAUAUCUGUUCAGCUCCCAAAGCUACAAGUGAUGUUUUGAGCAAAUGAUUUGCAGUUCAAUUUUUGUUAUCGGCAGAGUUGUGCCCCUACAAAUUAAUAUGAAAUGGUUUGUACAAAAAUGGGAUCUUCAUGUACAGUAUGUCGUUUGCUGUUUCUGGUACCUGAACAAGAUUGUUGGAUAAGAUUUUUUUUUUCUGUACCAUUGUGCUUGCACAUGAAUGGGAUGUUUUGCCUGAUGAUGAACUAAUCGAGGGGGCGUUUAGAUUGAGAAAAUUUU